ACAGGCAGAGUGACAAACAAACAAACCUCCCCUUUAAGAGACUGUCCCUUUAACUAACUUAACCUGGACACACCUGAACUUCCACUACGGGAGUUUCGAUACAAGUUAGUAGAGGAAAAACAAUACCGAAAAAACAACAUCCUGAGCAGAAAUAUGGGGACAGUGGACACGGGCUCUUCUGGGCCAGUAGCAGUGCCCCAAACGCCUCAGUGGGUAGCAGAUGUGGACAAGGUAACAAAGUAUGAGAACAGCACUAAGGAGGAAGAGGAAAUGAUCAAAUCUGCAAAUAUGGAACCCAGUACCCUUCCGUGGUCUGAGAAUAAACAAGAAACAAAGAUUCUGCCACUCAAGGAUGGAGAGAGCACAAGCAUUAAAUCAGAUUGCAUCUCACUCCGGGUUGGUGGAGUGAGCCGGACGGAGAGCGAGAGGGAGGAAUUUGGGCUGAGAGAGAAGGAGAAUACGUGUGAGGGAUGGAGGAGAAUAGAAGCAGGCAAAGAAUGUGUUUCUGACACUGAGCUGAGAAACCGAGUGAAAAGCACCUGCUCGGAGAUAGAGGUGGAGGAGGUGAACAUCAUGCCAAAGAACGCAGCUCGAGUCUUCAGCCCCAGCAUCACCAUCCUGCGCUCCACCAGCCAGCAUGAGGCUGCACACCCCGGAGGAGAUGAAGAAGAAGAGAGGAGCCCCUUCCUGGGGACACAUGGAACACCACUAGAAGAGUAUUACAACGACUGGCCCAUCACACCCAAAUCACGUUGCUGUGGAUAUAAUCGUGAUGCUCUUAAACUGGGCUCGUCCAUGUUCACUUCUGCCCUGAUCUUCCCCUUGUUGGUGUGGGGUGGCUACUUCUAUCUGCCCUUUGAUGCCCCUCUGCUCGACAGCGCCCCACUACGGCUGGUCUACACACUGCGCUGCUCUGUUUUUGCAGUCAUACCUAUUGUCCUUGGUAUGUUGGUACUAGGUGUGUCCCGUCUGUGGUAUCGAUCUUUGAAGCCGCGGUUUGAAGGGGAGAGAGAAUUUAAGCAGGUGGCAGUUCACCAGCGCUAUGUGGAGGACUCUAUCUCCCUCUUUCUGCUUUACUUCCUCCAGCUGGCUGUAAUGGCUGCCUACCUGAAUCAAGAUCUUCUUAAACUAGUUCCUAUUCUCACCAUCGUUUUUGCCUUUGGCAGGUUACUGUACUGGGUCGCAGCAGCUUGUGACAGCAGUGUGAGAGGUGUUGGCUUUGGGUUCUCAUUUUUGCCAAUGCUGGUUAUGCUGGUGGCCAACCUCUACUUCAUCUUCCUCUCUGAAUCUGCAGGCUCCAUCUUUGCCCCAGACAUCCCAGAACCACCUGUUCCUCCACCCAAACAGCGGUUCUGGGGCUAAACACAUCACAUCUGGCACCUCUGCUACUGCCAACUGUAGACCAGAUCUCUUUGGGCUUAGAGCCAUCUUAAAUUACACUAUAAGAAAUUUGUGUCUGAGAAUGUUUAAUCCAACUGUGAUUUCAUUUUCCUCUCCUGUUCGUUGUUUUUUCCUAAGUACAUUUAUGUCAUGAUUGGUUGGUUGAAAUUGUCAGAAAUCCAGUCAAAGGAAAGAGAGGAGGCUAGAACAAAGGAGGAAUAAUUUUUUUUCUUUUGAACUAACUUAUAAAUAGAAGUUGUGUAGUGAAACUUGAGACACUAAACUACAAAUUAAAAUGAGCUAGCUACCCUUUAUUGCAGUCAAACAUGAGCACAGAGCAUAGACUGGUUUUAACUCAUCUAUUUUAAGAUGAGAAUGUCAGCAAGAAGAAAACUAAAUUUCAAAUAUUUAUUCCACAA